AGCUCCAUUCGCGAACAACAAAAAAAGGAUCCCUCGCUCGCACGCUGGCUGGCUUCCACCCAGCGUUGGGCCACCCCCCACGGCAAAAAUAACAUUCGGGAAGAAAACGCAGUAAUUCUCAAAAUAAAUAGAAGACGCAAAAAAGUAGACGCAUUAUUUUUUUUGGGUGGGGGGAGGGAGGGAGGGGGGUGUAUUGUUUGUGUAAAGAGGAGCUGUCUUCCUCCACCUAUUUCCACGAGGACGUCCACCCCCCAACGCCCAGCCUAUUGCUAACAUUCUUCCUCGAGCGGCGUUGCGGCAGUUGUUUAUUUGAUCGCUGGCCGCUCACGUAUGUGCGUGUCUCCUGCGCAUAAUUCUUAAAGUGUGAAAAUUUGUCGCCAGCAGUUCAGCUCCCCCCCCCACUCCGUCUUCAUCCUGCGUCCGCCGGUCCGCUGCUCAGUGUUUCGCCAAAGAGAGAGAGAGACACACACAGAGAUGUCCAACCUCACGGAUCUCGUGGGUCGCUCGACGCUCUCUCACGGAGGCAUCCACAUGCCCCACAGCGGGCCGGGCUACGCGUGGGAGUGCAACCAAAGCCAUCACCUCUCGUCGUUGGCUGACAACGGCACACCCCACCAUCAGCUGGCCUUCUUGUGUAACAAGAGCGACGACAUGCUUGACGACGACGACGACUACGAAGACGACCCCCACGUCACCUCGCUGGUCGUGGCUGUGGUCAUCACCGCCCUCUACUCCAUCGUGUGCGUGGUGGGCUUGGUCGGGAACAUCCUGGUCAUGUACGUGAUCGUCAGGUACACAAAAAUGAAGACGGCCACCAACACGUACAUCUUCAACCUUGCGCUGGCAGACACAUUGGUCACCACCACCUUGCCCUUCCAGAGUGCCGAUUACCUCAUGGGCUCGUGGCCUUUCGGAGAGGUGAUCUGCAAGGUGGUGAUGUCCAUCGACUACUACAACAUGUUCACCAGCAUCUUCACGCUCACGAUCAUGAGCGUCGAUCGCUACAUCGCUGUGUGCCACCCGGUGAAGGCUCUGGACUUUCGGACGCCCUCCAAGGCCAAGUUGAUCAACAUCUGCAUCUGGAUCUUGUCGUCAGCCAUUGGCAUUCCCGUCAUCGUCAUGGGAACGGCCAAGAAAGAGGAGGGCAUCAUCGAGUGCAUCCUCGACUUCCCGCAUCCCGCGGUGAACUGGGAGAACCUGCUCAAGAUCUGCGUCUUCAUCUUCGCCUUCAUCCUCCCGGUGCUCAUCAUCGUCGUCUGCUACAGCCUCAUGGUGCUUCGCCUGCGCACCGUGCGCCUGCUCUCGGGCUCCAAGGAGAAGGACCGCAACCUGCGGCGCAUCACGCGCAUGGUCCUCAUUGUCGUGGCCAUCUUCGUAAUCUGCUGGACGCCCAUCCACCUCUUCGUGAUCAUCAAGUCGCGCGUCAGCAUCAGCGACACGCCGACCGUCUCGGCCGCGUGGUACAUCUGCGUCGCGCUCGGCUACACCAACAGCUGCCUCAACCCCGUGCUGUACGCCUUCCUCGAUGAGAACUUCAAGCGCUGCUUCAAGGAGUUCUGCUUCCCGGCCGCGUUCCGCCGCGACCUGCAGGGCUCCAGCCGCGUGUGCGGCCGGCCCAACCGCGGGCAGGCAUCGGCCGCGUUCAGCCACACGGAGAGGACUCGGCAGCCGGCGUGACUAGGCGUGGAAAUGUCGAGUCUGGCGUCCCAGGCUCGGCCACGCGAGGACCCGAACUCGGAGCUGACGCAAAUCACCAUGGGUCUGUGAAAGGGGGGGGACUGGCUCUGCUGACCGGUGUUGAGUUUAGUUAA